GCAAAUUAGUAACAGGUCUUAUAGAAAAAUUCAAAGUGAAAUAAUAAAGAUAUUAAAAUACGAUCCACCCAAAGGAUUAGUUGAGUAUCUCCGUCCAUAUAAGGAUAUAGAAUUCACUUCUGAAGGUAUUAGUAUCAACCUUAUAGAUGAUACACCUAUAGAAAGAUGGAAAAGUGAUAGUGUAAGUGAAAACCUCCUGCUAAACUUUACUGAUAAAGGAGAAGAAAACACAAUAUUGUUUUCAACAGACCUAAAUGAUUUACCUUGGUGGUUAGACUUAUUGAAGAAACCAUUUGAACAUUAUUAUAGAGAAUUUAACAACUUCUCUAAAACUUAUCUUUGUAACUCUAUUUGGUGGGAGACCACCAACCCAGUCAAGUAUCUUUAA